AUGUCCAAGGAAUCGGAGUUCGAGAUGUCCAAAAUGACGGUCGAUGUCACUUUAUAUGUUGCCUUAUCGCCUGAUCCUGGUAUUAUUUCAAUCACAUGGAUAGAGUCCCACGAUCCGCCGUCCUUUGGGUUGUUGGAAUCGACGGUUUUCUUCAACAAAACGACACCAGCAAACCCAAUCUUUCCCGAAGCAUCAACAUCGUCGUCCUCGGAGUCCCAGAAAUAA